AUGGAAAGUGAAGGCAUCAAGAGAGGCGAUGGGUCCGACUCGGUUUUCGAUGACUCGGUGACGGAGUCAAGAGAUAGUCGGAGUUGGGUAAGCAGGUCGAGUUCUGAUGAUUCUUCUCCGGUCCAAUUGAGCUGGUUUAUUGGAAAGACCACAGAAUUUUCAGACAAAUAUGUGUCUAAUCUAACAAGAGAACCCCCUUUGGAUGUUGGGUGUGUUGAUGAUAAUGAGGAGCAAAAAUUAGAACAGAUUUCAAAAGAAUCAGCAGAAGUGGAAUUGAUGAAAGAGAUGUUUUCAAAGCUGUUGCUUGGGGAAGACAUGUCUGGAAGUGGUAAAGGAGUUUGCCCCGCAUUCACCCUUUCCAACGCCAUCACCAAUCUGUAUGAUAAAUCUCAAACUUAA